GUCGCCAGUUCCGACUUUCCAUUAUCUUGUCAUGUCUUCCGGGAAUUCGUAAAGUUAUCAGUUUAAGAGUCGUCUAGACUAGAAUUUUAUAUUCUGAUGAAUGUAUUGCACUAUUUCCACAAAAUGAACGCAUUACAGGAAACUCAUGUCUGUCAGUAAGUUUCAACUCUAAAAGUAUUCAACAGAUUUCUACGAAACUUGUUAUUCAGGACUACAUUACACUAAAUAGAGGAGUAUUCCUUUCUGGUAUGAACCUACAUGUCCCACUGGGUGGUACGUUUAUGAAAAUUCUGUUAUAUACACCGCUCCCCGGAUAUACCGCGAGUCUUACUGCCUGACACUGCCGUUGGAAAAAAUUCCGAGAAAAAUAUUAACGUUCUUCUGCAAACCUUGCACUGCAGGAGGCUUCCCCACUCAAAUGGCCCAGUGUUUGCGAGAGAACAGCUGAUGGAGAGAAUCAAACUGUGGCCGAUAAAGAACAAAACAGUAGACAAAUUGCUAUACAUUAGUUAGAGAUACCCUCGAAGAACAGGAACUCUCAGAGAAUAUUAUCGAUAUUGACAAAGAAGAAUUAGUGUGUGACGAAAACUUUGUUGGAAGCGUCACCAACGCGAAAAGGGCGGAUGGAAGUGAUGGGGAAACAGAAGAACUAGAGGAGCUGCCUGACGAAGUUCCCACAGAUCAGGAAGCAGUACAAGGUCUGUGAUUGGGUGGUCAGAGGCACACCAGGAGAUUGAAAAGAUGACGACUCGAGUGUGGGGACAGAGCACAGAGAAAAAAUUAAAAUGGGUGACUUUAAGUGCUAAGUAUCUUCCUGGAGCUCUGACAGUGAUGAGGAAUUCUUUCAUCAUCAAUGAAAGUGUCUGCAAGGCGAUUGGUUUGGCGCAGAGUGACAAAGCGACACGACAGUUCGAGAAUCUAGUGAGACUAAUUGCUGAGGAUGGCGUCUCCGUGGUUGCAAUUGAAAUGGAGAGUGAUACCGUUGUGGGUGCAGCAUUGAAUAAAAUCCAGGUUAAAGGAGAUCCAAACUGUGCUGGUUUCCUUGACAAUCAAAUGAAAGCUCCAGAUUUAGAUCCAGCAUACAAGGAACUCCUCAAUUUUAUGAUCCAGAUGGAGAACAAAGUGGAUAUCUUUGAACACUAUGGAGUCACCAAAUUACUGGAUCACAUGUUUCUGAGCACACAUAUAGAUUAUUACGAGAGAGGUAUUGCUCAUGGCCUUGUGGCUGCAACUGUGGCAAUGGCAAGAGCGCUGCAGAGGGGUGAAGACGUUGCAGUGCCAAUAUCAGACAACAAAUACCCUUGGAAAAACAUAUCAACUCCUCCAGUUCAGGCUGUCAUUUCCCUCUUUACAUCUCCAAUAUCACAGAAAAUUGGAAAGUCUUUAGGAUGGAAUGAAAUGUAUAUUGUUAGAUAUGAUCAGUUGUUCUACAGAGGAGAAUCUUAUGCCUCAAAAUUAGAUAAAAACUGUCAAACCACUGUAUAUAUGUCUAUAAAAAUUGAUAACUAAGCCUCUCCUUUCAUAUCUGUUUAUAAUUAUAUGAUGAAAGAAGGUACUAUGAUUCUACAAAAACGUAUGCACGGCAAUGAUAGUGAACAUAGAUCAAUGACCACCUCUUGUGGCUAUGAUGAAGAACAUCACGUUCAGGGUCCAUAUGUCUCCGAUCCUAUUAUCCUGAUGCUCUGUUUCUUCAACAUGAUUCUUAAAUUCCCUUGUAUGAUAAGUCUAAAAGUAAUUAGUACUUCAGUGCUCUAUGAAAGGGACAAAGAAUAAGCAGAGUCAAAAUGCACAAAAAUUAUAAAAUAUGUAUAAAUUCUUGAAAUGCAAGGCUAACAAUUGUAUGUGCUGAAGAUACCCAAAAUAUGAAAAUACACAGAUUGAAGUAUGAAAUGAUUUUGUUUAAAAAUAGGUGUGCCCAUGAGUAUAUCACACCAUAUUUGUACUCAAUAAAAAUUUUAAUUUUAAUUUCAUCCUAUCUCUGCUUAAUCGUUUGAAAGACCAGUGAACUCAGAAUGAAAAAUGUUCAAGAAGCAUUAACACAUAAAGAAGAAAAGGAGGUACAGUCAUCAUCUGAAAUGCAGACAAAUGUGUCCAUAAUUUGUAUAAUAACAUGUGCACGAGUUUCAAAAACUAAUAAAGAAUCUGUAUUUUAAAUUCUUCA